AUGCCCUUCAGAGCUCCUAUCCGACGUAUUGCCCUCGCCAGGCCUGCUUUGGCUGCGCGGGGUUUUCACUCGACCUCUCGUGCUUUUGUCCGCGUUGGCCAAGAGAUUCCUAAUCUUGACGUCCUUCUGGAGGACUCGCCCGGUAACAAGGUCAAUCUCGCGGAGGAGUUCAAGUCAGCCAAUGGCUACAUCGUCGGCGUUCCUGCUGCCUUCUCCGGAACGUGCUCCAGCAAGCACAUCCCCUCUUACAUCAACCACCCCAAGCUCAAGCAGGCUGGCCAGGUCUUUGUUGUAUCUGUUAAUGAUCCCUUUGUCAUGAAAGCUUGGAGCGAGCAGCUCGACCCCGCCAAGCAGACUGGUAUUCGAUUCCUUGGUGACCCUACUGGUGAGUUCACUAAGGCCCUAGACCUUGGCUUCGAGGCCUACGAGGUCUUUGGUGGCAUGCGUGGAAAGCGAUAUGCCCUCAAGGUCGAGGAUGGCAAGGUCAGCAAGGCGCACGUGGAGCCUGACAAUACUGGAAGCGCUGUCUCCAUGGCGGAGCAAGUGCUCGACUAG